AGGCUCUGUAGGAGCACUGCAAGUGAUGCAAAAUGGACCUUGAGCCAUGGGCGGCCUAUGGCUUGGAGCUGCAAGACUUGGGUCCCAAAGGUCGAGGUCUGGUUGCAGGGAAAGACUUUCGCUGCGGGGAAGUGCUUUUCCGCGAGAAAGGCUUCCGCGCCAAGAGCCCGGAGCAUUUGGCGUUAGAGGUUUUAGCUUCCGCCGAGGCCCGCGCACAAGUCUCUCACCUUCACACAGGUCCACUUUGCCACUUAGAAGGUGAGACAGACGAUGAGAAGUUCAGUCGGGCCGCCAUGCCGGAACCUUGCCCCACGGAGUUUCCGAGGAAGUAUUCUAAGGUGCGUUUCAACUCUUUCGAGCUGAAUGGCUGUUGCUUUCUGCCCAUCAUGGCGCUCUUCAACCACAGCUGCGCGCCCAAUGCUGCCAUCACCCAGCUGCCCCCGCAUGAGGAGUGCCAUACAGCUAUGGUUGUUGUAGCUGAGCAGGGCAUAGCCAGAGGUACGGAGAUUGUUUACAGCUACAACUCAGAUUGCCUUUUUGUGCCCUUGCGCGAACGGCGCAAGCGCUUGCUGUCCAACUGGGGCUUCCUUUGCAAAUGCAGUAGAUGCCAAGUCGAGGAGGAAGCCGGGCUGGAAGACGACGAAGAGGAGCCACCUGAGAUGCCCCAGCUGCUCUCGUGGGAAGAGGUAGACUUGAAGAAUGUGAAUCUCUUCCAAGCCCGACAUGAGGCCCGUUUUGCCGGUACAGUAGCAAUUUGGACCUGCCGGCUGCCAUAAGAAUAAAACGACCACUCUAGUAAAAUAAUUAGCUAUGUUGUUGCGGGACGGGCGUGAGACAACUAAACUCCGCAGAGGCAGAGAGAGGGAGAGGGAGAGAGAAUCUCAUCAAAGGCAACAGAGCUUUGCAGGGCAGGGCGGUCCGUUAAGCGGCUUGAUGCAGUGGCUAUUUUAGUUCUUCGUUUUGGAAUGUGACUAUGUUUGCCCUCACAUGGGCCAGCCAUCUAGGAUCCAGUCUCAUCACCCUUGACGCCUCCGCAAAGGACAUUCGACGCCAUGAAGGGCUCACCCAUUUUCAUGUUCGAAAUGAUCGCUUUGACUGAAAUGAGGAAUCACAUGUCUAAAUCAAUAAAGGAGAGAAAACUGGUUGCUUAGGCCUUGUCUCAAGGUGCUUCAUCAUCCAGGGAUCCCCUUUUCGGAGCGCAAACAGAUCUUCAGUGCACAGCUGGCUGCGGCAGUACAGCUUGCUCCCUGAGCUUCAGCGGAAAUUAAGGAUGGUCUAUCAAAACGUCCGCCACACGCAUAUGCCUAGUACAUGAUACAUGAUACAUGUUUUUCGAGUGUCCCCAAUGGCCUAAGGACCCCAGUCUAGAAUGUUCGACUUGUUGGUUUCAUGGUUGCCGCGGUUUGCCUUGAAAUCCUUCUGCCAAUCUGAGAUUUGCAUCCUUCCCUCGGGACGAUUUAUGCCCCUUGGAGUAAGCUUGGAGCCCUCAGAGUCAGCCGUCAGCAUGCAGUGUUUCAUCUCUGGAUCAUGGGGGCACGUGAAGUGAUGUUUGCUUCUGAAAUGAUGCUAAUGAUGCAGAACCUUUGUGCUCAAUGCAAUAUUUGGGAGGUUGGGGACUCACGGAAUUGAAUUUGUAUAGACCCUUCCGAGACCCAUCCUUUUAAAGGUGUGUUCUCAAGGGCAGCAAGCACAAGGCAGACUGCCAUUGCAUUGGCUUCAAAGCAGGUUGCAGAUAUAUAACAUAAUGGUCUUUGAUGGACUGACAUGCAUAUAUAACCCUAACAGAUAGUACAUCAUUGAUAUGUAAUUUACUAUAUAGUCAAACAGUCAAAACACAACAAUUUUACACAUUAUGUAGAUGAUAUAGCUGACGUACCUCUACAUGUUCUUGAAGACAGUUGCGGCUCAGGAGGAGCUGCAUGAUCUUUGCGAGGCCUCCAAGCCCCAUACGCAUGCAGAGAAGGUGGCCAAGUUCUUCAGUGAGUUGGGCGAGACUGGGAACGCCUUGUGGCCCCCGACGGGGAAGUAGUGACCCUGCUCAGAGUCGCCUCAGCCCGUGUGGCCCGACCGACCUGAAAAGGUCGGACGCAGUGCUUCUGUUCGAAAAAGUGGCAGUGGUGUUGGCAGAACAAUGCUAGUAACUAUUCCACUUCGGGAUUCACCACGUUCUUCA